AUACUUCAUAUCAUAGUGAUAACAGCAUCAGCCACCACUGCUAGUGUCCUGGGCCUGAUACCCCCUUGGGCAAACUUGCUGGUAAGGAACAGGGCUGGACCUUGGGGCAUGGUACAGAGCAUAGGUCUUGACGGACUCAAAGGCCUUAACAGAUCAGAUAGCCAGAGAGAAGGUGAAGGGACAGAAUAGGGUGUGGGAGGGGCACCUGUCUGGCUCAGUCAGUAGAGCAUGUGACUCUUGAUCUCGGGGUCAUGAGUUCAAGCCCCAUGUUGGGUGUGGAGCCAACUUAAAGAGUAAGAAGAAAAGAAUAGGGUCUGGGAGUUAAGAGGACCAGUCAGUAUCAGGGCACCUGCCAGAGGCAUUUUUCUGGAACCGCACUUCUAGGGAAGGUCCUGUGCCUGCUAAAACCCUCAGAGGCUCUAGCCAGGCCCAAGCAGCGAGUGCUGACCCCUCAGACCUCCCCAGCCUGAGCCUCCACUCUCCUACCUAGAGUGCCCCAUCUCCACUCAGGCCAGCCUCCACCUGCCUGGGGAACAUCUUCUAUCUAGACUAAGCUUCAUGGCCCUGUGGCUGUCUGAGAAUCCCUUCCUGUGUACUCAUGCAAUGCACCUGCACUCACUCCUGUCCAGAGUGAAGCCAGAUGGUCCUUGCACACUCCUCUGGGCAGGAACUAUGACCCAUGAAGCUCUAUCCUCAAGGUCUGUCACCAAGAGGUGUCCAGUAAACCCCUAAACCCCUCCAGCUAGACUUCUUCCCCCCCCACACGCGCACACACACACCCAGGAGCACUGCCCAAGUGCCCCCAGAAGAACGAGAGGCAUCGUCCUGGUAUCAACCUUAAGAGGAUUGGACCCAGAGGACCAAAAGAGGAGGAGAGAGGCAAGCCUGCCUCCAAGAAGUCCUCUGGAGCCAGGCAGGUCCAGCUCACCCAGGGCCAGAGGGGUGCACAGUUAAUAAUGAGAGCUGUUCAGCUCCCACUGUUAACAGGCACCAUGGAGGUGAGGAAAGCGGCCUCCAAGACCUUGGGAAUCUGCUGGGGCCCUGCAGCAACCCCUGGGAAAAUUUCUUGAAUCCACUACCUCCCUAUUUUGUUCUGAGGUUUCCUCCAGGAAGCCCUCCGAGACCACCAUGUAGGCCCUGGAAGCUGCUCAGCCUUGAACUCCCGGCAGGCCCCACCUAUUCUUGGCAGGUCAGUUUUGAGUAAAUCAACUCCCUCAUCUAUUAAAUGGGAGCCUGAGGGCCAACCCAGACAGACAGGAUAAAGUAUGGGUCACUGGCCCCUUCCAAAAGCUUUUCCUCCCAGCUUGUAGGGGGUGCUUAAGGCAGCCCAGGGGUGAGGAAUGAGGCCCUGGGUGGCUGCCUGCAGCCCCCACUGGAAUCUUCCCUGCCCCUCCCUUCCAGAUUAACUGAAACCUGCUAAUUGUGGCAGCCUGCUGCAUGCUCCCCUCCCCCACCGACGAUUCGUCCCUCCUUUUGCCUCCCCUCCCCUCCCCCUUCCAUCCGAAUGAUAAAGGGUCUGGCCCGCCAGACCCGCGGGCCUCAGGCCCUCAGCCCUGCCUCAGCUACAUAACCCCAUUGCCUUGUGCCGUCCACGGGGCCAGGCCCCUGCCCACGUUGGUUGCCUCCCCUGCAUGGGGCCCUGCAGCAACCCACGCCUGGGGCUUCCUGGGUCGGAGUCGUCAUCGCAGCCCCCCAAGAGGAGGAAGAAGAGAUACCUGCGUCAUGACAAGCCCCCCUACACCUACUUGGCCAUGAUUGCCUUGGUGAUCCAGGCCGCACCCUCCCGCAGGCUGAAGCUGGCCCAGAUCAUCCGUCAGGUCCAGGCUGCAUUCCCCUUCUUCAGGGACGACUACGAGGGCUGGAAGGAUUCCAUCCGCCACAACCUCUCCUCCAACCGAUGCUUCCUCAAGGUGCCUAAAGAUCCUGCGAAACCCCAGGCCAAGGGCAACUUCUGGGCGGUCGACGUGAGCCUGAUCCCGGCCGAGGCGCUGCGGCUGCAGAACACGGCCCUGUGCCGUCGCUGGCAGAGCAGGGGCGUGCGGGGAGCCUUCGCCAAGGACCUGGGCCCCUACGUGCUGCACGGCUGGCCCUACCGGCCGCCCAGUCCUCAGGCGCAGCCCAGUCCUCAGCCACCACCCAGUCCUCAGCAGCCGCCCAGUGAGGGCUUCAGCAUAAAGUCUCUGCUAAGGGACCCCAGGGAGGGGGCGCCACAGAGCAGCCCGGGUCACACAGGAUCUGGGCACAGUGGGGAGAAGGUGUUGCCUGCUCCACCCCUGCGCUCUGAGAGGCCUCUGUGGCCCCUCUGCCCCCUUCCCGGGUCUAAAAAAACAGAUAGGGAGACUAAUUCGCAGGGGGGAACCAGCAGGCCUUCACCCCUCUCCCCUGAGCACAGAGCCUGGCCCCUCCACUUACUGCAGGGUUCCCCAGAUGCUGGGGGACUGUCCGGUGGGAGUCACAGGGCCUCACUUUGGGGGCAGCUGCCCACCUCCUACUUGCCCAUCUACACUCCCAAUGUGGUAAUGCCCUUGGCUCCGCUACCACCCACAUCUUGUCCCCAGUGCCCACCUUCUACUAGCCCAGCCUUCUGGGGGGUGGCCCCUGAAACCCAUGCCCCCCCAGGGCUGCUCUGGGAUCUAGAUGCCCUCUUCCAGGGGGUGCCACCCAACAAGAGCAUCUACGAUGUGUGGGUUAGCCACUCCCAGGAUCCAGCUGCUUCCAGCCCAGGCUGGCUACUCUCCUGGUACAGCCUGUGAGGCCCCCCGGGGGCAGGGGCUGCUUCCCUCUCCUACCCCUUCCUGCCACCACUGGCUUGUUGGGGAACCAAGGCCAAGAGGACCCAGAGGUGUUCUGUGGCCACAGCAGCUUUGAAACACCAGGCACCAGCGAUGCUGAGAAUCCACGAUAUUUAUUGGACUACCCCACAAAGGUGGUGGUCUGGCUAGGCACCACCCUGACCCCCAGGGUCCGUCAUGCCUCUCCUACCCCCAGAGGCAAGGCUGGAAAGAGUGGGGACUUUGCUUGCAGCCCCUUCCUGAUCCCACUUUCUCUGACCCUCUCUGUCCGUCCAUCCUUCCUUCCAUCCAUCCAUCACCAUGUGUCACUUCCUCUCCCUGGCUCCACGCUGGGGGAGGGAGAACCUAAUGGUGGCUCCAGCCUGUCCUGUCCUCCCUCAUCUGCCUGGGAAUGAGGUAGCACCUUUUUGGGGAAAAGAAAUCAAGACCCUACUCGUUUUGGGUGGUGGUAGUGGGGAAGAUAACAGUAAAGGAGUAGACAACA